AUUGCAAGUCAGUGCGCGGUGAAAUUUAACACCAGCCAGAUUUACUAGACUCCUCUUCUUCCAGGCGAAGCGGCAAGCAGUCAACGCUGCCCAGCAAGCGCCUGCAGUUGCCACCGGCCCCCUCGCACCAACUUGAUUUCCCAAGUGGGUGUGUGUGCUUGUCUGACAAAUGUUUGGGCGCAGGCUGCUCCCAAGGACUUCCUCUCCUACUUUCAUCUCCUUCUUCCCACCCCCACCUCCCACCCCGCCUUUUUCCUCCCAGGCCCAAAGCAGAGAGCUCCACUGGAGUCACAGAGUCUCCUUUGAACCGCAAGUGAACUCCAGGGCUGCUCUCAAACCUAGCUCCGGCUGUUGCUGCUGCCCCUGACGCCUCAGGGUGAAGUCUCGCUCAUCUCUGGUCCCCCCAGGGGAGCGCGACCCCGGCUGCAGCCAGGCACGGAGCAUCCUAGCUAUCUUUCCCCCUGGGUGCUGCUUCCUAACCCCAUACUGCUUCAUCCCUUACCCCACCCUCCACUCGCGGGUUGGAGCAUGGUUCUCAUGUAACUUUCCCCCCCUUUUCAUGGACAGUACCUGCACGUUUAGCAGUUCGGAGCUGGCUUCUGUUUUCCGUUAGUGCUUUGCUGCAGGGACAAAUGCAUACAAAUGCAUUUAGGAGCCUACAGGACAAGGCAUGGAAAGGUCUCCCCCACCACAGAAACGAAACUGCUUCUUCGCUUUAUUGUACUAUGUGUGGUGUGGAUUACUGUUCAUGCACAGGGACAAGACAUAGAUAUUCUUCAGCAACUAGGUCUUGGAGACAGAGAUGUAAGACACACAUCAUCGGUGACAGCUGUGCCGUCAUCGUCACCCACACCAUUACCUCAGGGGGUCCAUUUAACGGAUUUUGGUGUCGUUUUAACAGAUAAUGCCUACAUUGAGUCACCUCUUGUGAACAUUUUACCCGUUAGCCUAAGGCAGCCACUGACGGUAUUGAUUGGGUUGCAAUCAUUCAAAGUGAACAAUGCAUUUCUCUUCAGCAUUCGGAAUAACAACAGGCUGCAGUUUGGCGUACAGCUACUACCUAAGAAACUAAUAGUACAUGCCGGAGGAAAGCAAACAGUAACUUUCGAUUACAGUGUCCAUGACGAGCGAUGGCACUCAUUUGCCAUCACUGUUGACCACCGCGUUGUCUCCAUGUUUGUUGAGUGUGGAAAGAGAUAUUUUAGUGGCGAGACUACUUCAGAAGUUCAGACCUUUGACCUUCAUAGUGUGUUUACCUUGGGAAGUAUGAAUAACAGUUCUGCCCACUUUGAAGGAACAGUGUGCCAGUUAGAUAUCAUGCCUUCCACAGCGGCAUCAGCUGACUAUUGCAGACUCCUCAAACAGCAGUGCUCCCGAACAGACGAAUCCCAAACUGAAAGAAGUCUUCCUCACACAUCAGUAAUGCCCACCAGACACCCUGAGCACACUCCCUUGCCCAGAGGAUUUGUUGGAACAGAAUUGCCACAGAAGAGAUUCACAGAGCAGGCUCCCUUGCCCAAAGGAUUUGGUGAAACAGAACUGCCACAGGAGACAGUCAAAAGCACCCCAAACAUCAAAAGCAAUGGUUUCUCCACAGUACAUGAAAGCCAAGAGCACCAGACACCAAGGGCUCUGCUAACUUCUUUUUAUUCAGGAAACAUCUCUGCUGUGACUCUCCCAAACUACAGAAUUCAAGCUAAGGAAAUCACCAUGAAGGAAGAGACAAACUUAACCCUGUCAGUGCCCCGUCAUCCUUCUAGGGAGGCAAGGAUGAAUGAAGAGGAGAGAGUUAACCCUCUCUUGGCUGAAUUCGACAACAUCACCCAACAUGAGGAGGCAGCUGGCCUGCCCCCACCUAAGAAAGCAUCAUCCAGCACUGCACACACAAAUCAAGACACCUUGACUAACCUCAAGAAGGCUAUCACAGCAAAUCUAUACAACAAUGAACUCAUGGAAAUGGAACGGAUCUUAAACAGUACCUUGUAUAGAGUGAUACACGGGCCCUCGGUGGAUAACCACCUUGAACUAGGGAAGAAAGGUGAAUUUUACCCCGAUGCUACUAAUCCCAUCGAAAAUAGCUAUGAACCCCAGAACUACGACUAUUACUACUAUGAGGAUUAUAAUGCAAUGCUUGACACGGAAUAUCUGAGAGGGCCAAAAGGAGACACUGGACCGCCCGGUCCGCCUGGUCCAAUGGGUAUCCCAGGUCCAUCAGGCAAGAGAGGCCCGAGGGGUAUUCCAGGACCACAUGGAAAUCCCGGGUUGCCUGGACUGCCAGGUCCAAAGGGCCCCAAAGGCGAUCCUGGGCUGUCCCCCGGCCAAGCUGCUUCUGGAGAGAAGGGUGACCCAGGUCUUUUGGGGUUAGUGGGGCCCCCUGGUUUACCAGGUGAAAAGGGUCUCAAAGGACACACAGGGCUCCCAGGACUCCGCGGCGAACAUGGAAUUCCAGGACUCGCUGGUAAUAUUGGCUCACCUGGCUACCCUGGCAGGCAGGGUUUAGCUGGACCAGAGGGUAACCCAGGUUCCAAAGGUGUCCGAGGUUUCAUUGGCUCUCCUGGAGAGGUGGGACAACUGGGACCUGAAGGAGAAAGGGGCACUCCUGGGGUCCGUGGGAAGAGGGGUCCGAAGGGGAGACAGGGUUUUCCAGGUGACUUUGGAGACAGAGGCCCUGCUGGUCUGGAUGGCAGUCCUGGUCUCGUAGGUGGCGCCGGACCUCCCGGGUUCCCUGGUGUUAGAGGAAGUGUCGGUCCUGCAGGGCCAGUUGGACCUCCAGGAGCUCCUGGCCCAAUGGGCCUUUCAGGAAAUAGAGGACCAUCUGGAAUCAAAGGGUGAGCAAGGUGUGGCAGGGGAACCAGGAGAACCUGGGUAUCCUGGAGACAAGGGCACCAUUGGGUCGCCAGGACCCCCAGGGAUAAGAGGAAAGUCAGGACCUUCAGGACAACCAGGUGACCCAGGACCACAGGGACCAUCUGGCCCUCCAGGACCAGAGG